GGCCAAUCCUCCGCCUCCUCCCCUGCUCUCGCCAUCGCACGCCCGCGCAGAACCCACCCAAGACCCAGCCCCUCGCUCGCUCGCUCGCCCGCCGAGAUCCAUGGCGGCCGCGGCGCGGGAGGGGGAGUUCAGCGAGCGCGAGCUCGAGGUGGCCGCCAUUCUCGCCGACCUGCCGUCCAUCGUGCGGGCCUGCAACCGCCGCCGCCGCCAGCAGGAGAAGCAGCAGCAGGCGCGGCCGGAGAUCCCCUCCUGGGGCCGGCGCCGGCCGCGGAGGGCCCCGGCGGCGCCGCCGGCCGAGAAGCCCGCGGCGGCCGGUGAUGACGAGAGGAGCGAGGGCGUCGCCAGCCCGGACACCCCGCUCGCCUUCCCGGAGGACGACGAGCACGCCGAGGCCGCCGCCGCGGCGGCCGUGGAGGACGCGGCCAAGGCCACCGCGCAGGACAAGUGGGCGCAGGAGCAGCGCGGCGUGGUCGCGAGCUUGUCCCACGAGAACGCCCAUCUCCUAAAGCAAAUCGAGGACUUCAGGGCCCGGCUGCACACCUCGCGGAGCACCAACGACAGCCUCAAGCAGAUUCACCAGAGCAAGCACAAGAAGCGGCACCGGCCGGAGGAGGAGGAGGAGGAGGGGCAUAGAUGGAAGCUGCCGCAGGCGCGCGCCGCCGACCGGCCGGCGCUGGACCUCAACGAGCCGGCGGAGGCCGACGCCGAGGACGGCAGGCCGCCGCAGACUGCCGCUCUGGCGGCGGCGCAGUGGGUCCACCGAGGGCACCACCAGCAGAACCAGCAGCAGCAGCUGAUGCAGAUGCAGCACAAGGCGGCGCGGCGGCGGCGGCAGGAGAUCCGGCGGGCCAAGGCCGCGGCGGGCAGGACGCGGCGGCAAGGAUAAGGAUAGAGCGCGGCGGGGCCACAACAACGGCCAGCGCAAUGUCGAGAUUUUUUUUUCAGUUUGAGGCGUGCUGGUAGCGGUGCCCCCGUGCUGGAUCAAGAGUGCGACGCCAUUUUGGUCGGAUUGGAAUUUUGCGAGGUGGAUUUUCCAUGGACGAGCUGCGCGAGGUAGUGCUGGUGGUAGUAUACUAGUAUAGUGGUAGAACUCCAGCUAAGUUGUAUCAUCUGUUGGCAAUUAGCCAACAUUAAUUUUAAAUUACAAUAAACAAUACUAGUGUAUUACAUUCAUGAAUACCAUUAUGUAUUCAUUAUGGCGUA